UUUCCAGCUGAACUCCAAGGCAUCAGAGUAUUUCUGCAGAUGACAGGACUCAGAGUCGUAUUGGAAGCCUGAGGUGUACAAGGUGAAGAGAAAUGCUAAGAUGCUGCUCCAACUGGGCUUACUGAUUGGCCUGCUGUUCCUGGGUAAUGCAGGCAGUGCAUUGGGUUUUGCCCGUCUGCAGGAUGACAUCGAGCUACGCUCCGCUUUCUCAGUGGCACGCACCAACAGCAUGGAGGGUGGGCCUAAAAUGACAGUGACCUUCGACACUGUUUACAUCAACAUCGGUGGGGAUUUUGACGCCAAGGCUGGUUUGUUUCGCUGUCGUAUCCCCGGAGCUUACUACUUCUCCUUUACUGUGGGAAAGUUUCCCCACAAAGACCUUUCUGUGAUGCUGAUGAAGAACAGAAAUGAGGUGCAGGCCAUAGUUUAUGAGGAGAAUGCUGGAGAAGAGAGGAAGGUGCAGAGUCAGAGCGUCAUGCUGCAUCUGGAGUUUGGUGACACAGUCUGGCUCCGUCUCCAUGGAGACCCCCGCUACGCACUCUAUAGCAACACCGGACAUUACACCACCUUCAACGGUUACCUUAUCUACCCUGACACCUACAGCUACCAGACACACCACCAUCAACACCAUCCCACCUACAACUCCCAGCAGCCCCAGCAGGGUAACAUCCAUCUGUCCAACAGUAACCAGGCGACGCAGCACGUCAGGCCCGACACAAAGACCACAGCGGAGGAGAAAGAGCUCACACAUAGAGGAGAGAAAGAAGAGGAGGAGGAUGACGACAACGAAGAGGAUGACCAGAGAUCUGCUUUCUCUGUGGGGCGCACCCAGAGCAUUCUGGGAGUAGACCAGGUUGGCAUGCCGCGGCACCAACCAGUCAGCUUCGACACAGCUUUUGUCAACAUCGGAGAGGACUUCAACGUCACAGAGGGGGUGUUCACCUGCCGCAUUCCAGGGGCGUACUACUUCUCUUUCAAUGUAGGCAAACUGCCUCAGAAGACGCUGUCCGUCAAGCUGAUGAAGAACCAUCUGGAGGUGCAGGCCAUGAUCUAUGAUGACAGCCAGGGCGAGAAGGCUCUGCAGAGUCAGAGCUUGAUGCUGGCGCUGAAAUCAGGAGACACAGUCUGGCUCUACUCCCACCAAAGAGAUGGAUUUGGAGCCUACAGCAACCAUGCCAAGUAUAUCACCUUUACUGGCUUCCUGGUUUACCCAGAUAUCACCCCCACCUCCACUUCCACCAACACCAGCCAGUCAUAUCCAGACAAGAGGCCCUAACUGAAGCGUACUGGAACUGAACAUUGUGGGAAGGAUUCAUGUCAGGUCUGAGAAUCAACAGAAGGUAUUAGGCUGUGUCUGAGUUACUUAGAGCAAGCGGCUGUCUUUCCUCUUCAUAUGAGUUCCUUUAGGACUUUUGGACUGAGUGCAGUGCUUAAAAACAUAACAAAAUAAAAAAAUAAAAAAAUAAAAACAAAAAACACUGGCUUCCCAGGGCAUGACUCCAUCACACUCAAAUGUGAAUAUUUCACUUUAUAAUGACAGCUCAGUCAUUAUCCACUGACCUCCAUGUCAGAACCCUUAUUUCAAUCUGAGACACCACCAAAGGAUUCAGUUUGUUUUUCAUUGUUGGUGCACUAUGAUCAGGGUAUUUCCUGAUCUGGUCCAUGCAUAGUGAGACAACAUGCAAACCUUCUCCGGUAGUGCUGCAGCAGAGGAAGAAAUAAACCCAAUUUGAAUUGCAGCAAAAGUGAAAAAUACUUUAAUCCUCAAAUAUUUCCAUCUAAGUAAAAGUGAGAAAGUUGCUAAAAACAUUUAUGCAGGAACACUCUUAGCCGUCCAUCAUUUGUUUAUUUAUUGUCAGGAAAACAGAACAUAUGUUCAGUGAUUUAUUGAAGCAUGUUCAAACAUAAAUGUAAAUACAGUAUAUGAUGCAAAAAAAAAACUUUAUUUCUUCAUUAAUAAAAGUUCUCCAGGCUUCUUGAAGGACUUUUCAAAGCUCUUCUUUAGAAGUUUCUUUGUUUUGGGGUCAACUACUAGCUCUUUAGAAACCACCCUGUUGCUGAAAAAAUACUUCCUGUUAUCUCUGAAAGACCUCCAGAAAACCUGGAGAACUUGUGCUCAAGACAACUUUAAAAGGUUAUAAGAAAAUCUCCUUGGAAGCACAUUUUAAAGAAAUUAGGAGUGGGUCUAAAUUUUUGCACAGUAAGUAGAAAACAUUGUGAAACUAGAUAUCAUGGCACACUUUAUGUUUCUCCCAAUAUACAAACAUUAAAAUACAUUUAUUGGCUGAUAUAAGCUUUGAAGUGUUAUUUAUAUAGAUAUUGGAUUUUUAACCUAAUUUUGAAUAGAAGAAAAGAGAUGGGAAAUAAAACCCUUUCCUGCA